UUAUGAAUUGGUUUGGAACUUCCUCCCACCGAAUAAAAUUGGGAAAAGUCAAGUUUCGCAGAGAUACAUCAGAAAAAACUCUAGUUCGGAGUGUGAUUCAAACCCAUAACUCCCACAUAAUGUGCGAGCGCAUUGCUAAUUAUACCAUGUUGACUCUAAGCCAAAAGUUCUUCCAGAUGUGUAUAAAUUUUUGCCUAUUAUUAUACAACUGUAUUGGUUAUAUGUUGUGUAAAAUAGUCAACUGUAUCGCAUGUAUAACUUAUGAACCAGGAAUUAUUGAAUACCAAGAUUUUCCUGCAACUGAAGAACCAGUAUGGCUUCUAGGAAAAAAAUAUAAUGCUUUACAUGAUUUGGAGAGUUUGAGAAACGAUGUUCGUACCAGAUUAUGGUUUACCUACAGAAAGAACUUCAGCCCCAUAGGUGGAACAGGUCCCACGACGGAUUCGGGAUGGGGAUGCAUGCUACGAUGUGGUCAAAUGGUUCUUGCCCAAGCUCUUAUUAAUAGACAUUUAGGAAGAGGUUAACAUUAUUUAAUAUUAGUUCUUAUUUUAACAGAAACCUUUAACAAAUUUUAAGCAUAAUGUACAAUUAUUUAUGAUUUUAGAUGUCAUUAUCUGUGUUAAUAACACUAACUUUGUGUAAAAUCAUCAUCUACUAUGACCUAGUUUUCAUAUGUAAUGAUAUAUAUUAAUUAAAUAACAACAUAGUAAAAUUUAAUGAAUAAACCAAUUAAAAUUAAAUUAAAUUAUAUUGUAUUAUUUGUUAA